UGGCAACAUCGUGUUUUACUGUCAAAAAAGAAAACGGAUCGUUGCACUUUUUAUCGGAGAAACGCUAAAAAUUGUAAAAAUAAUACGUUUUUCUAUGGAUUUAGAGUAAAUAAACCAUUUGUACUUAUUAAUUUUAAUUAUGUUUUGGAGUGGAAAUUAUAUCGCAGUUAGGGAGUUAAAUUUCCUACUGAAAGAAGAGAAUGUAACUCUGACUCAGGUGUUGGAGGCAGACGAUAUCCUGCAGGAAUGCAAAGCGGACAACAAAGCCUUAAUGCAAUUUCUCACAAAGCCAAAGAUACUGGCAGAGUUAAUAACACUAAUAACUGAGGAGCCUCCCAAAAAUGUUGAGCUGGGGUCUCAGUACCGGCACGCGAGCAUCGCCUGCGAGGUGCUGACCAGCCACCUGUCGUCGCUCAGCGACCGCCUGUCCAUGGAUGUGGUGCAGAUGAACAGGCUCUGUGACUUCAUCAAUAAAGACCCUCCGUUGAAUCCACUGUUGGCUUCCUACUUUAGUAAAACUGUGGAAAUGCUACUUGAGAGGAGUCCAAAACAGGACUGGUACCUUUACCACAUAGUGUGCCUGCGGGUGCUGGACUUCUUCAAGUCCCGGCGGGACUUCCUGCCCAACCUGCUGCGCCACAUAUCCACGUCGGCCAUAGCCGAUACCUUCAAGUAUUUUAUUAGGCUCGAUGAUCUUUUCAACAAAAUAAUCAUGGAGUGGUUCGAGGAGCACCAGUUCUUGGAGUGCCUGAUCCAGAUCGUGUGCGGCACGUACGAGGCGCGCGCGCCCGAGCUGGAGAAGGGCCAGCGGGAGCCCAGCGAGAAGCCCGCGCGCGAGCCCGACGCGCCGCCCUCACCCGACCAAGACACAGAUAAAGUGGAGAACAACGUGUCGGAAGCGGAGGGCAAGGGCGCGGACGGCGCGGAGGCCGCGGACGGGGAGUCGGCGACGGAGGCGCGCGCGGCGCGGCUGGCGGGCGUGGCGUCGGCCAACGCGGCCGCGCUGCUGUGCGACCUCAUCCUCAGCGGCUGCGCCGGCGAGGGCUGCAACACCAGGCCGCGCACGAGCUGGGCGCUGGUGUCGCGGCUGCAGAGCGCGGAGGGCGCGCGGCUGCUGCUGCAGGGCAUCUUCACGGCGCCGCCGCGCGCGCGGCCCCACGCGCUCGUGCACGGCGCGCACGUGCUGCUCGCGCUGCUCGACCAGGAGCCCAUCCUCGGCGGCGAGGCGGAGUCGAUGCGCACGAGCGUGGAGCUGGCGGUGGCGCCGCACCUGCCGCUGCUGCACCAGGCGCUGCUGGAGCCGGCGCGCGGCGUGGGGCUGCCGCGCGUGCAGGUGGCCGCGCUGCUGGCGCACCUCGCGCUCUCCGAGGUCGAGGAGGUCGCCGCCACCAUGCUCACGCUGGGUCAGUGCCGCAUGUCUCUAGCGGCCGCGGCACCAGGCCUGCUGGAGCCGGCGCGCGGCGUGGGGCUGCCGCGCGUGCAGGUGGCCGCGCUGCUGGCGCACCUCGCGCUCUCCGAGGUCGAGGAGGUCGCCGCCACCAUGCUCACGCUGGGUCAGUGCCGCAUGUCUCUAGCGGCCGCGGCACCAGGCCUGCUGGAGCCGGCGCGCGGCGUGGGGCUGCCGCGCGUGCAGGUGGCCGCGCUGCUGGCGCACCUCGCGCUCUCCGAGGUCGAGGAGGUCGCCGCCACCAUGCUCACGCUGGGUCAGUGCCGCAUGUCUCUAGCGGCCGCGGCACCAGGCCUGCUGGAGCCGGCGCGCGGCGUGGGGCUGCCGCGCGUGCAGGUGGCCGCGCUGCUGGCGCACCUCGCGCUCUCCGAGGUCGAGGAGGUCGCCGCCACCAUGCUCACGCUGGGCACCCCGGGCGUGCUGCUGGACAUGAUGUUCGCGCACGCGCACAACAACUUCCUGCACGCGCAGGUGCACGCGCUCGUGAAGCACGCGCUGGCCAACCGCGCGCACCGCGCCGCCUACGCGCGCCAUCUGCUGCGCGACGCCCACCUGCUCGCGCGCCUCAUGGAUGCCGUCGAGCUCAACGACGCUAAAGGGCCCGGCGAGCCGCGCGACGGGUACAUGGGCCACGUGGUGCUGAUGCUGCGGCGCGUGGGCAAGGCGCUGGAGGAGGAGGCGGUGGCGGCCGCGCUGCCCGCGCCCGUGGCCCAGCGCUGGGCCGCCUUCCGCGACGCCACGCUCGCGCCGCUGCUGCAGCGACACGACACGCCGCUGGGUGGAUAUUAUCCUUCAGAAAGCAUCUACGAGUUCAAUGACGUUACGGCGACGGCGAGUUUGGACGAUAUGCCGAAUGACAUCAACGCAGAUGCUUAUAAUGAGAUGUGUGGCGCAAAUGAUUCUGCGGACUUCUUGGCCGACGAGUUGGAUCUUGAAGACGGAGAAAAGGGCGACGACUCCAAGAACAAUUUCCUCGAGCUGGCGAGUCAACGGUUCGAUGACGACAUGUGGGAGGACUCGCCGGAGGCGGACGAGGCGGAGGGCGCGGAGGAGGCGGAGGAGCCCAUGAGCCGCGUGCGCGAGCUGCUCGACCAACACUCGCCGUGGGAGAGCGGGUCGUGCGGCGGCGGCGGCGAGGGCUGGGCGCAGUUCGAGGCGCGCGCCGAGCCCUUCGCGCCGCCCGCGCCCUUCGCGCACGCCGCCUUCUGGAGCUACGACGCGACAGACAAGACCGCGGAAGAGAAACUGGAUGAGUCGAUGGCGGCGCUGCGGCUGGCGGACGGCGGGCUGUGCAGCGUGCAGCUCGCCUCGCAGCUGCUGUCCUGCAUGGGCGGCGUGCUGCCCUCACACGCGGGUUUGGAGGACGGGCAGCAGCUGGCACACGGCUUCGACGACCAGAGCCCGCUGCAGAACGACAUCCAGGGCGUCGACGGCUUCCCCGAACACAUUGAGAAUAGCCGCGGCCUACACGUGGAGCCCGCGGCUACCGUUGGGACUCAGGAGCGGGACACGAAACCUUCCGCCGACGACGCACACAACGACGACUCCGCAGUGAACAAAGACGAGGCUCCAGCUAUUCAUGACCAGACUAAAGACCAGGCGCCCGAGUCGACCGACCGGCCCCAGCUUCCGACGCCCGUCGAUCCUGCGCCCGCGUCUCAGGAGGCCAACGACCCCGCGCCGCCCGCCCCCGCCCCCGCCGCCCAGGAGGCCCCGCCCUCGGUGGAGGUCAACGACCCCGCGCCGCAGGAGCCCCGCCCCCCCUCGCCGCAGGACGCGCCCCCCGCGCCGCCCAGCCCGCCGGCCGCCAGCGAGGACAGGUGAUUGAUCCAAGUCAAGUAGAUCCGACGCCCGACUAUUAGUUCCGCUCACCCCUCACCGCGCUGCAGGUUUCCCAGUACCAGCUCUCCGGCUCUCCGCUUGGAGACGCGUCUUCCUUUUAGUCCGUUAUUAGCGUUGUUCUCGGUAUCACUGUAAGUGUUUGAUUGAACGUAAACUUUGUUGAUUAUGUUCACUGAAAUCAUAGUUUGGUCAAAUUUAUAAGCUCUUACGUUUUUAUAGCGAAAGAGAUAUGAAUGUUGUCGUUAUCGAGAUAGCGUCUUUGUAUUUUCUUUUCAUGUUGUGUCAUUGUUUGAUGUAUUUUUAAUAUCGAGUAUAGUGUAAAUAAACCUGCAGCUGAAACGUUCCUUCCGUCAGUCCUCACGCGCGUACUGAAACAGAGGUUCCGUCCUCUUCCACGCAGCUCCCUCCCGCUGUGUGGCUGUGGCAGAACUCCAGAAAUGCACAUCACCCAUCACUUCAGCCUUACUGGCGGACUCAAGUCUGCUAGCUUAUUACUAUAUUAACCAGUAUAGUUGUCCAACACUGCACCGUCCCAGCUGUGACGUUGAUAGGAGUUGAUACUGGGUUAUUAGUUGACGUUUCAGAAUCGUUUGAUGUGUGAUGUGUAUUUCUUGAAAUAGCACUCAUAUUCAUAAUAUUUUGUACUUUCAUGUUUCUACCUAACACAUGCAGUGAUGUAGGGUAUGCGGUUAGUUUGUGCGGCAAGAAACGGAGUACAAAGCGAAUCAUGCCGCUCUCUUUCUGCAAAACUCUAAUGUCAAAUGUAACCCAGCCAUAUAAAGCAUUUUAUUCAUUACUCAUAAUUAUCUACUUAUAUUAACGAAUCGUCUACUUUGGGCAAUGAAUCGAGCUUUACCUUUCGUAUGUGGUGUCCACGUAGAACACGGUCAACUGACGAGCUUUAUUUCGGAUAAAGGAAUUAUUAUUGUAUAAUUUAUUAAUAAAACCUAAAUGAAUUGUAUAUUAUAAGGUAAUGCGAUCACUUCAUUCCUUUUCCGUUCGAAUUGUAUAGUGCAAUAUAGUUGGCCGAUGAGAUGACGCAUGUAAGGGCUGCUUUCCACCAGCAAACGGACAUUGCGGUUUGCAAUUUUAACCAAAAAUAAAUCUCUGAUUGUUAUCCAAUUUUGUGUAAUAUUAGCUUUCGGUGGAAGCCGGCCCUGUGGGGUCGUGUAGCGUCGGUCAAUGUAAUUAUGUUAUUAUUACUGUGAUGUGAGCGACGCACGUGUGAUUAUACUGUACGUAACACGCAGCUACCACCAGGUGGCGGCGUCGCGUCGUGGCGUGUGCGUUUACUUUUCACCUUUAUUAUGAAUUUAUUAAUCAUGAAGUAUCUUUGGUGUUGUUGACUAAGGCUGGGUUGCACCAUCUUACUUUAACUUUGACAAACGUCAAAAGUCUGUCAAACUCUUUCUAUACACAGAGCAUCGGUUAAUAUUAUAAUUACGGCCAAAGUUAGGUGGUGCAACUCAGCCUUAGGGGUCUCUUAUUAAUGUUGGCAACUUUUUUUUCAUUUUCCUAUGCACAGAUGUUAUAAGCUUGUUUAUCAAACACAAUAACAUUUUAAAAGUAUGUUUGAGAGAUAAUAAAUAGAUCUCGAAGGCGAUGCGGCGAGCCGCGCGCUCGCUCGGUUAGCGGACGAGGAAAAUAAAUUCCUGCCGACGAGCGAGGCGAUUACCUAAUUUAGCCGUUUUAUUACUAUUCAGUACAAACUUUAAAUUGGUGAACUGUUUGAAGUGCAUACAAAAGUGUAGAUUUUACAUAAAUAUCGACACUCUUUGUGUCAAUUCGUGUAAUAUAAGUUGAUCUAGUAUUUUAUUACGAUAAUUUCUAACGAGUUCAAUUGAUAAUUCAAUUUGAUGGCGUUGCCAAUUGUAUAUGUAGUGAAUGUACAUCGACGGUGGUUCACCACGAGAGCAGCCUUAUCCCCGUACCUAAAGUUACUGUUUUAUCUUAAGUGUAUUAGUUGUUCUAUUGUAGCGUAGUGUGUAGGCGGCGCCGCGGCCACGCGCUCGGGCUCCCAUAUCGACUUAGAUAUCAGUUGACAUAUCGAUAGCUCCCACGACACCGCAGUAUUCGGUGGUUAGUGCACUGGUUAGUUUUUGCGUUGUGAGGCUUCGUGGCAGCGGCGUCGGAAAGUACGAUCGCACGAUAGUAGAUAUUGUAACCUAAAAGAAUACUUGACAUUCCCACAUCUAGCCAAGAUUACACAAAAGAAAAACAUUCACUCGUCACAAACUAACUUUCAAAGUCUAAUUUUAAUUAUUUCUUAAUAGAGCUAUAAACUUGUGCGGUCGUUACUAUACUCUAGUUGUAAUAACCAUGUCAAUGUGAGUGUUCUGGUGAUUCCGAAUUCACUGUACUCCCGUGCCCGUUGAUUUGGGAUAUGAAAAGAUUUCUCACAUUUGUCAUUGACUUAAAACAAUUCAGUUCGGAUUCAAACUUAUUUUUUAAGUACUUACAUGGGUCAUGAUUCAUACAUGAUUCAUUCAUAGACGUAUGUGCCAAGGUCGCAGAAAAUUUAAAUAGCAUUGACAAGAAUUUGCCUUGUUUUUUAAACAUAUAGACGCAGGGUUGUCCCAAAUGCCUUUCAUCCCGAAGAUGAUUGAAAUCGAGCAGUGUGUAGAGUUAGUAAUUAAUGCAUAUCCUCCACAGAUCUGUUCGGCACUCGUUAGCUCUAGUUUGAACAUAUCUCGGCAGUCAUGACUUGGCAAUAACCGCAUACAAAACCGAAAAAUAUAAUUUUAUCAUCACACAGCCCUCUGAUUGAACUUUUUUUUAUCAAACUGCUUCUGAAAUUCGUGUUAUUUUUCUUCUUGUCCGUUUUGGUAUUUUUUCGUUUCCAUUUUAAUUUGGGUGGGUUUUAGUUUUUGCGUUGGUGAGUGCCAAAACUAUUUUUUUUAUAACUAAGUAAACUUUCUCUAAAUUUGGUGAUAUUCGUUUCGUUCGUUUAACGAAUAGUCUUUAUGAGAAUGAAUAGUUGGUUUUGUUCGAAUAAAAUUCGUCGUGUUUUAAGCACGGGAACAGACACGAGACUUAAGCGUACAGAUUCAAAUCAUUCAUCUUGUACUUAUCGAGCGCACAUCUAUGCGCAGUUAGGUGUUGAAGAUGUGUGAAGAAAUCAUUUUAAUCUGUUUUUUGGUUGACGGUCUCGUUUCCAUUCCCGUGUGAUGUUUCGGUUUAUGAAUUCGGAAAUCGACUGUCGAUAGUGAAGUAUUCACAUUUCAAAGUUUCCUAAACAUAUUGUAAAUUCAUAUCGUAAUGUUUAAUUUUGUAAAUGUGUACAAAUCGUUGCGUGCAAAUAAACUUAAUUUUUCACAGAACAAAACGAGUAGGUAGGCGAUACUUAAUUUUAAUAUGCAGCGUUAUGCGAGCUUCAUGCCUCCCGCACAGGCGGCGCGAGCGCAGGCGUGACUUCUGUGAUGCCAUUUGACAGGCGGCUCCCGCAGCCAGCUGUCACAUGACAUGGGAACUGACGACGCGCUGUCGCCGCGCCAGGCUCGCGCCUCCUGCGCGCCAGAGACUUUACUGUACGUCGUUUUAAUACAGGCAUCAUAAUAAACUCAUGUUAAUCUAGAAUUUUAAUUAGUGCUUUAUAAUCGGUUUCCAUGAAAUGUAUUUAAAAUAUCAGUAAGUGUAUGUGAUCGGUGAUUGUAACGAAUGUGAUGAGCGCGCAGAGCCGCGCCGUCUCCAGGCCGGGCUGGCUCCGUCGGGGAGUCGGCUCCUACAGAAUGUAUUUUGUACAGAUACGGUUAUAUGGCUUUCUGCAAGUCGGCGGCGCGGCCGCGUUCGAAGGUGCUAAAUGUAAGGUUUUGUAUGUACCCACAUGUUUGUACCUAUUGUUAGUGUCUGUAUCGCUUCAUGUGUACGUUUGCAAACGGGUCGCGUCUGCGCGUCGACCGAUCAGGAAUGCUGAUUUGAUUUGAUAAGACUAACAAACGUAGGAGCUUAAAGCAUAGUUUAAAGAUGAAUAAACAUAUUCAAGCGUUUAUUGCUGCGUGUUCGACUGAGAAGGACUCGGUUACCGGUCGAAUACAUUGGUCGUCGAACGAACAAAACCCGUAUAUCAUGGAUGCAUAAACAUUGCCAAACUCAAUGUUUAUGGGCACCACCGAUAUCGGCCGGCCGUCCUGCGGCGGACGCGACCUCGGUUGAGGGAACACUGUCCCUGAACCUUAGUAUUAUAGUUGUUAGCAUUUAAACCUGUGAAACUUACAUUGUAUUAGUGCAAAUAGUUGUCAUCGGGUGUUGUUGUAAAAUUUUAUAUUAUUGUAAUUUUCGAGACGAUGCUUGCGAAUGCCUACGCUUUUUAGAAGGUUCACUGAAAAGAAAAUAAACAUAUUUUGAAGUUUAAUAUAUUAGGCAUACGCAUGAUUAGUCUCGAAUGACAUUGUAAAUAUAAUGAAGUAUAAAUUGCUUACUAUCUAUGUACAAGUUCCCGUACCAAAUUUUUUAUAUAAAUUAACUUUGUUAUCCAUGUUUGUACUGGUCCACGGCGCAGACGCCGCGUCCACGCGACGCGUGACGUAGCUGUCGCGUGUCGCCGCGCUACACAGUACACCGCCAGUCGCGUGGGAGCAGCGUCGGCCGUGGCGCUAGCGUCGCCUUCUGUGUGUUGCAACCGCACUGUAUAGGGCGCCGUCGGGCUGCGGGCGACAUCGAUACGCCAUGUCAUUAAGACAACACUAUGUACUAUAUUAAAACUAUUAAAAUUGACUGUGAUGUUAGUUUCCCCAAAUAUGAUCUGCAUUUGGAUUGUUUUAUCUCUUGAUUCGCUCUCGCCCGGUGCCCGACAACCGAUCUAUUUACAAAUACAUAUUCGAGUUAGAAGUAGUAGCGAAAUAUACUAGCGUUUUGUAUCGGUCGAGUGUGAUAGUAUUUGUGAUCCUUUUUACGCUGAUUCGGUGUUGCUUACCCUCCGACGGCACGGGACGAUUUUGUGAUAUACAUUCUUGCAUACUUACACAUUCAGUCUUCGACCUUCGGCGAACUGCGACCGUCCUGAUGUAUUGCUUUUUUAAGUAUUAAAUCGUAUAAAACUACACUCGGAUUGUCUGUCUGUGUGAUAAUUUUCAAUUUGUUGAGACUAAUAAUAAUUUAUGUACCCACUUUGUUUAAAUCCAAUUGGCAAGAAUAUAAUGUCAGGCAAUCCCAGCUGUAGUUGUGACGAGCGGCGCAGCAAGGCCGCGGCCCUGCGCCGGCCAACGUUCGCGUCAUUUUAUGUGCAAUUUUAUUAUUAGUGACAAGUCGUAGUUAUAUUUUCUCCAGUGUCAAUCAUGUAUUAGUUCAGUGUUAUUUUAUAAUAAGAUAACCUUUUGUAUUACUUUUAUUUUCAACGUUUCUGUACGGUAUUAGUUUGUAUUCAUCACUCGGUUCAUAGUUCAUUCAAUCGAACGUUUGACCACAGCGUCUCCGCUGUGUUUUGUCACAACGCGUUCGCUUUGUGCGAUUCUUAUGUAAAUAAAUCUCAUCCUUUUAUAGAAAUUUACAAAACUGUAACCGGACCGGCUUUAAAAUAGAAAAAAAAAAGACUUGUUGUCUUUAAAAUGUCAAUAGUUGAAUUGUUUGUGGUUAUAUUAGCGUUUGUAAAUUUGUAUGAAGGCGGAGACGUAGGAAGCUUGGCGCAGCUCGCGGCGCCGCGAACGACAACGUGCCUUGCGGGGCCGCCCGAGCCCCGACUCGCCCGAGACAUAAUAAAUGCUCGUAAUGUAUUGUAUUUAUAUUAUAUCAUAGUUAAAAAGUUUUUAUUAAAAAAGUUGCUCAAUAGGCUUGCGUUUUCAUUCAUCAAUAACGCAGUGCGAGCUACGGGGUUGCGGUAAAUAAAGCGUUCCUGGUAAUAUUUUGAUAUAAUUUUAUUUUCAUCAUAUUUUCAUAAUUUAUUUAUAUAUAAUGACUAUAAUCAUCUACCAAACUAAAUAAUCAAUAUAAUUCAACAGCAUCCUUUAUAUACAAUAUGUAUAGUAAUAGUUUAAUAAUUUCCUCAUUUUCGAACGAUUAAAAAAGAGACAGUCGUCUAAUCCAUACAAAAUAAUGUUGAAAUGAACUACGAUUAUUA